AUGAUUGAAUAUACUGACAAUAUCUUGAAAGAGAUCAUUAAGACCUUAAACCUUAAACAAAAGGAGGCAGUUCUUGCACCCGCCUCCGGAAGAUUGCAAAUCAUUGCUGGUCCUGGAACUGGCAAGACUAAGGUUAUAACAUCAAGGGUGGCAUACUUGUUGCUCCAUGAGAAGAUUCUUCCACAGAAUAUAAUAGUAACCACUUUUACGAGGAAGGCUGCUAAAGAAAUGCUUGAACGGCUUCAGACUAUGCUUGAUGGUAGCGGAAUUGAAAUUGGUAAGAUUUUAAUAGGGACGUUUCAUAGCGUCUGUUAUAGAAUUAUCAAGAAGUAUGGAAAUAAGAUAGGAGUAUCCAAGUUCAAUGUUGCAAACGAGAAAGAUAGCUUGAAGCUUUUGCAAGAAACUUUGACGAAUUUGACUUCGAUAGACUUAAAAUAUAUCGCCAGCCUUGGCCCCUCGAGUGAGCUUUUCAAGACGAGCACGGACGAGAAAAAGACAAAUGGAUAUGACAUUAAAAAGAUAAAAAGACAGAUUUCUAGAUUGAAGUCCUCUGCCAUCUCGGCUGAAGCUUAUUCAAAUUCCAACAAAAGUAACUCCUUCUUGUCAUUUAUAUACGAGAGGUACCAGAAAAAGAUCCAAAGUGACUUUUUGCUAGAUUAUGAUGACUGCUUACUAUAUUGUUAUGAACUACUUCAAAAGUUUCCCGUUUUAAACUUUGUCCAGCAUGUCUUCGUUGAUGAAUUUCAGGAUACAAAUGAGAUACAGCUCUUGCUUUUAUAUCAGUUUGCAAAGGGCCAUCCCACUAAUAUUCAACUACAAAAUAAUCUAACCGUAGUUGGUGAUCCAGAUCAAAGCAUAUACGCCUUUAGAGAUGCUCAAUCGAUUAACUUUGAAAAAAUGAGACAUAGAUACCAUAGCAGUAUAGGUGGCUGCAACAUAAUCACUCUAGAUGAAAACUACAGGUCGACAAAAGACAUACUCAGUUUUUCAGAAUCAGUCAUGACACAACAAAAUAAUAGACUUUCCAAGGCAUUAAGAUCCCAAAUGAAUAUUACGAUUCGUCCUGUUUAUAAUAAUCUUUCUUCCCCUGAGGAAGAAGCUAAAUGGAUUAUAUAUCAAAUCGAACACUUAAUGGCCUUACCAAAUUCUGCAUUCAGUUAUAAUGAUAUUUCAAUAUUGGUGCGCUCAUCAUAUCAAACACGAAAUAUCGAAAAUGAGCUUGUAAAAUCGAGAAUUCCUUAUGAGGUGGUAAAAGGAAAGGCAUUUUGGGAUAGAAAAGAAGUAGUUGCAAUUUUGAAUUAUCUUAGGGUCAUAGCCAACGAUAACGAUAGACUUGCAAUUUUAGGUACGAUAAAUUUUCCAAAGAGAGGAAUCGGUGAAAAGACGAUAGCGGUAAUUGAAAGAGCUCUAGAAUUAAAAUUAUUGGAAUCGAAUCACAACCAGUCAUUAUUUCAAACACUAAAAUCUGUUGUUAAUGAUGGAGAAGCAAAGUUAUCUAAGAAGAGCUUGGAGGCAUUACAAAAGUUUAUUAAUUUUAUCGAAAAAGCAAAAGAUAUGCUAAGAAGCUUUGAAAGCAAAUAUUCAUCUUGUAUGUUUUCAUCGAAAGCGAAGAUCAGUUUGAACGAGCUAUUCGAGUUUGUUUACUCCAAGUCGGGUAUUCAAAGUGAAUUUCAGAGUGACCCAAAUUAUGAAUUGAAUAUAAGAGAGGUUGGAAAACAGUUAAGCGAUUUCCAACCAACUGAUGAUGAUAUACCUAUUUAUCUCGGAGGAGACAUUACUGAAAGAGAUGUAGAUGAGAGGAACUUUCUUUUAAGAUUUGUUCAAUCAAUUGGCUUGUCAGAUAUUGACUCCUCAAGUCAGAAUCUGUUUUCAAAUGGGGCUGAAAGUAAAGGAAAAAUGAGCCUUUCAACCAUCCAUGGUUCGAAAGGGCUAGAAUGGCCAGUUGUAUUUGUGCCAGGCCUAUGCGAGAAUUUACUUCCAGCUAAAUUUGCCCUUGAAUCGGACGACAUGAAUGCAUUGGAUGAAGAACGUCGUUGCUUUUAUGUUGCGACAACCAGAGCACGAUCACUUUUGUAUAUUUCAUCAUACACUGAAAGCUCCUCUGAAGGGAAAUGGGGAAGACAACCAAUUGAGCAGGUUCUGAGAUUUAUUUCUUCUAUGGUAGACUCGGGUGUCUUUUCUCACAGUCAAGAAGCAUUUAAAGAUUGGAAUCAAUUUUGCGAGCUUUAUGAGCUCAUUGCAAAAAAAAUGCCAGUGAAGAACGACUUUGAUCUUUCUAGCUUUUAUUCCUGCUAUAGUAAAAGAUUAAGUCUGUUUCUUAGAGGAUCAGGCUUGCUUAUCAAAGAAUUUUCUUCUAGUCCCGAGGGUUUUGUUUCCGCAAGCUCGCAGUUAAAUCGAAAGAGGUCAUCUUCAGACUUUAGAACAAACACUUUAGAACCAUUGGUAAAGAUCUCUAAAUUUAAAGACGACGUCAAACGUCACCUUCACUACGCAAACAAAGCAAUACCUUCAAAUGGGCCAACCAGGGCACCUUCAAUCACUGAUAUCAAGAUAAAAACGCCAAAGAAUAACAAAGCACCACCUUAUAUUCCCACUAGAAAGGUUCCAUCGCGAUAUUUGAAUAAAAGAAAGACUUGA